AUGUUAGACGAUAAUGAAAAGAUAGAGGGUCCUGUCUAUCAGAAGAGACUCUUUACUCCAUUGCUAAGAAAGAAACAAGUACCUGUUCCUUAUGAUGAUGAACGUCGCAGCUUUCCGAAAAGUAUAAAAAACCCAAUCAGUAGAGCAUACUUUCUAUGGCUUAUUCCCUUACUUAACGUGGGUUAUAGAAGAACUGUUCAACCGGAUGAUCUUUAUAAACUUACUGACGACCUCGCCGUGAGAAAUUAUAAGAAUCGAUUCCAAGCUAUCUUCCAACGAAGAAUUGCUGAAGCCAGGAGAAAGCAUCGCCAAAAGUGUACCAGCGACGAAGAAGCGGACUCGACGUUUGUGGUGUCGAAAUUUGUCUGUCUCUUCUCCAUUUACGAAACUUGGAUCCGUGUGUUAUUGCAUUCCGCAAUUCUCACCAGUAUAUCCGUGAUCAUUUCGUCGUUGAUUCCUCUUCUUACGAAGCAAUUGAUCAAGUUUGUGGAAGCUCGCAGCACUGGCGCUCAGGGAUCUGUUGGACCAGGAGUGGGCUACGCUAUAGGUCUUUUCCUUAUGGCUAGUGUCAGUGGUUUGUUCGUCAAUCAUGGAGUGUACAAAGCAUUUAGAGUUGGCGUUCAGGUCAGAUCUGUUUUAACAGCCUUGAUCCUCGAGAAGUCGUUUCGCUUGAGUCCUCGUUCGCACCACCAAUUUGCUUCAGGUGAUAUCAAUUCGCUUAUGGGUACAGACCUUGCACGUUUGGAAGUCGGUAUGAUUUACCAAACCUUGAUCAUCGCCCUCCCAAUUCCCUUGGCUGUUUCUAUCGCCAUUUUGGUGAUAAAUAUUGGUGUUUCUGCUGUCAUUGGUAUCGUUGUCUUCUUGGCAUUUAUCGGAGCUAUUCUGGGUGCAACCACAUAUCUUUUCAAGCUCAGAAAGACUGUCAGUGGUCUCACCGACAAAAGAGUGUCAUUGAUUAGAGAGGCUCUCAACAAUAUCAAAAUGAUCAAGUUUUAUUCGUGGGAAACCCCAUACUGGGCCAAUAUUCUUGCUGCUCGUGCAGCUGAGAUGAAGGUUGUCUUCAAAAUCCAAGCACUAAGAAAUAUCAUUAAUGCACUUGCAUUGAGUUUGAUUGGACUCACUUCCAUGGUUGCAUUUUUAUCAUUGUAUGCUAUCGAAGGAGGUACAAGAACUGCGGCCGAUAUCUUCUCUUCUGUGUCACUGUUCGAGCUUUUGGGAUUUCUCAUCUUUCUCUUACCACAAUGUCUCUCUACAACAGCGGAUGUGCUUGUGGCAUGUAAAAGAGUUGGAAAGUUUCUAGAUGUGGAGGAGAUUGGUGUGGAUGAGAACUAUCACCACUUCAACGACCCAUCUUCCAAUAAGGCUAUUCAAUUGAAGCAAGCUACCUUUGAAUGGGAGAUUUUUGAGGAUGAAAAAACUGGCGACUCAAAGGAGAAAAAAUCUGGUACUGCCUCCCCUGACAUUAAACUCACAGGAAAGAAAGAUACAUUUCAACUUAAAAAUGUGGACUUUACCAUUAAUAAGGGAGAGUUUUUCGUUGUGACUGGAAAAAUUGGCUCUGGUAAAAGCUCUUUACUUCAGGCUAUGUCUGGUUUCAUGAAAACGAAAGAAGGGCAAGUUGAAAUCAACGGUUCGCUAUUAUUUUCCGGUGCGCCUUGGAUCCAGAAUGCUACCAUUCGAGAGAAUAUCACUUUUGGCUUAGAAUAUGACCCAGCCUAUUAUAAAGAGGUGAUUUCAGCUUGUUCAUUGCAAGAUGAUUUCGAUAGCUUUGCCGGUGGAGACUUGACAGAAGUUGGUGAAAAGGGCAUCAAUUUAUCAGGUGGUCAAAAAGCGAGGAUAAAUUUGGCUAGGUCUGUGUAUGCCAACAAGGAUAUCAUCUUGAUGGAUGACUGUCUCAGUGCAGUUGAUGCUCGAGUUGGUAAGCACAUUGUCCAGGAAUGUUUGCUUAAAUUGCUUGGUGAUAAGACAAGAAUCUUAGCCACGCAUCAACUUUCUUUGAUCCUGUCUGCCAAUAGAGUCGCCUAUUUGAGUGGAGAUGGAACUGUUGACGUUGGCACCUUGGAAGAAUUAGAAGCGAGAAAUUCAGGUUUCAAGGAAUUACUCUCUAGCAAUGUGAAGAACAUCACAGAAGAUGAUAGUACCAACGAAAAACUGUCAUUGAACGAUGAUGACAUUUCAAUUGAAGAGCUUCCUAUUGAAGAGGAGUCUGAUCAUAGCCGAAAAUCACAAACUCUUACCAAAAGAAGGGUGGGUGCAAGUACUGAUGUUUUGUCGAUUCAAACUAACGACUCUGACGACAAUUUGAAAAAGGGCAAGCUUGUUGAAAAGGAAGAGCAGGCCGUCAAUAGUCUUCGCCUCGAGGUAUACAAGACAUACUUGAAGUAUGGAAGUGGAAAGUUUCGUGCCUGGGGAUUUUUCUUGGUCUUUAUACCCUUGAUGUGCAUCUCCACGUUUGCUGAUAUUUUCACCAAUACGUGGUUAUCCUUCUGGGUAUCGCAUAAAUUUCCAGGUUUGUCUGACGCAACAUAUCAGGGAAUAUAUCUGGCACUUGUUCUUCUGUGGUUAAUCUUUCUCACAAUCGAGUUUGUCAGUCUUAUCGGUAUGACGACCAAUGCAUCCAAAAUCUUGAAUGUAGUUUCCAUCAAGAGAAUUUUACAUGCGCCCAUGUCUUUCAUUGACACCAACCCAAUGGGAAGAAUUAUGAACCGAUUCACAAAAGAUACUGACGCAUUGGACAAUGAGAUUAGUGAACAAUUGAGGCUUUUCGUCUACGGUUUAUCUCGUUUGGUUGGCAUGAUAAUCUUGAACAUUAUCUACUUGCCAUGGAUUGCACUUCUUAUUCCCAUCAUGGCCGCGCUCUUCAUUGCCUUUGCUAAUUACUAUCAAGCAUCGUGUCGUGAAAUCAGAAGAAUUGAAGCCGUUCAACGGUCAUUCGUUUACAAUACCUUCAACGAAACAUUGAGUGGUAAUACCACAAUCAGGGCAUACAAGUCAGAAGGUAGAUUUUCCGAAAAGUGUGAGUCCCAUCUUGACAGAAUGAACGAAGCCGGGUAUACUGUUUGGGCUUUGCAAAGGUUUCUUAACAUUGGUCUCGAUACAUUAGCAAACAUUGUUGCACUUGUGAUUUCAUUACUUUGUGUGAAUCGUGUGUUUAAAAUCAAUGCUGCUACUGCUGGUUUGCUUGUCAGUUAUUCGCUUCAAUUGGGCCCAGAAUUGACUCAACUUAUUAGAUCGUGGACCAUGCUUGAAAACGACAUGAAUGCGGCCGAAAGAUUAUGCCAAUAUGCUCUUCACUUGCCUCAAGAAGCCGAUCAUAAUGUGGGUACCACCUCUGUGGAAGCGCCAUGGCCAAAUCGAGGAGAGAUUGAAUUUGACAAAGUUUCUUUCAGCUACCGUCAAGGGUUACCGCAUGUAUUGAAGGAACUUAGCUUCAAGGUGAAUUCUGGGGAACGCAUUGGUAUUUGCGGAAGAACUGGUGCCGGAAAGUCUUCUAUAAUGAACGCCUUGUACAGGCUUAAUGAGCUUGCCGACGGGAAGAUUUUCAUUGAUGGUGUUGAUAUUUCAACAAUUGGAUUGAGCACUUUGAGAUCUAAUCUUUCCAUUAUUCCUCAAGACCCUGCACUUUUCACGGGUUCCAUCAGGAGAAACUUGGAUCCAUUUGAUGAACACCCAGACUCUGUAUUAUGGGAUGCUCUUCGGAGAGCAGGUUUGAUCGAAGAGACUGAACUUGACGAUGUAAAAGUGCAACAGAAAGAUUUGGACGACGAAUUGCACAAGUUUCAUUUGCAACAGGAAGUUGAGGAAGAAGGUAUCAAUUUCUCACUAGGUGAGAGACAGUUGAUUGCUUUCGCAAGAGCGUUGGUGAGAAACUCCAAGAUUCUUAUUCUAGACGAAGCCACCUCGUCUGUUGAUUAUGGAACCGACGACAAGAUUCAACGAACCAUUGUGAACGAAUUUAAAGACUGCACCAUUUUGUGCAUAGCCCAUCGGCUUAAAACCAUCAUCAGCUACGAUAGGAUCUUAACGUUGGACCAUGGUGAAGUGAAGGAGUUGGACACUCCGCAGAACCUUUUCAGAAAGCCGGAUGGUAUAUUUAGAGCAAUGUGCCUCAAGUCCGGGAUCACUGAGUCUGACUUUUAA